AGAUACCUUCCUAUUUCGUUUCUCAAAGUCUCAGGCACUGAAGUCGGAAUCCCUCUUUCUUGUUGUACUCCGCGUCGACUUCGACUUCUGUCCUCCUGCGCUGCGAUUCCUGCGAACAUUUCAUUGUUCUUCCAUAUGCGCACAGGCCCAAACAGCUCGGUUAAUCUUCUUCAACACAUUGAUCAGGGGUCUAAAAAAGUUCGGAGAGAACGGAUCCAAUGGAUAACAAACACCCCAAAAGAGAGGAGCUGUCGCCAGCGCAAGCUGUGUUCUUUGGGGCUCUAGCUCCUGGCGUGAAUUCUCCAACUUGGAACACUUUAAAGAUUGCAUUUCUGAUGCUGGCUGUGUGUCUGGCUUCUAUGCUAGGCUUGGCAUUCUCCUCAAAUGACUAUAUGUUGACUCUCCAUGUGACUUUCCUUGUUUUCAUAACUGGGAGCCUUUUCUUGCUUCUUUGCAGGUUUCUUGCUGAGACUGGGUUGGUAUCUGUUGAACAUCAAAUGCAGGAAAUAGGCCUGGCACCCAAAGAUGAUGACGAUGAUGACAAAUGCAAGAAGAGCAGUUGAGGCUUUUUUCACUCACUUGGGAGUUUGGCAUUUGAAGAGAGCCAAGUGACAUGGUCAAGUCAUAUCACUUCUUGUGAAAGGGAUAACUUGACACCGUCUCGUAGCGCAAUGCCUCAUUCUCUGGCCCUUCAAGCAGAAAUGCAGAAUGGGAGUUUCAGCAAGCAAAGUUUUUAUUUAUGUACUCUACUACCACAAAGUCCAGAACAAAUGAGGGAGUGUAUGAUUAUGAGCAUUUUGUUAAGCAAUAUGUUAAUAUUUAGUGUUUGGGAAGGGGGUAAAAUUGUGACUAGUCAAAAUGCUUUUGUAUUUGGUAAAUUAGCAAAUGUUGUCCCCAAUGUUCAAAAUAGAAGUAUCUUGCAUUUUACCAAAGUUACCCAUCCAGAGAAUGAAUUCAAUUUCAUAAG